CUAAAGUGGUAGAGUGCUAGCCUUUGGGGAAGGGGGGGCGGGGAAACUCAGGGACAGCACCCAGGUCCUGAGUUCAAGCCCCAGGACUGACAUCAAAACCAAAACCCACCCAUGCCACUCACAUCCAUUCUACUCAGACCCCAUAUCUUCUACUCCACUUCCACUCUCCCACCGACACCAUGAGGAAUUCUAAGGACCACUGCUACCAUGUAGCAAGGUGGUGAGAGUAUGAGCCUUCUCUCACUUCCAGAGACCUGAUCACAACCUGACAGGGUUACAGCUUAGCCCUAUAAGGCAUUCAUAAUGAAGCAGUGAAAAGGGCCUGAGCUCAGGGCAAUGGCAUCAGGCUUACAGUUGGGAGUGAGGGGUGUUAAAGUGGGAGAGCAAUGGGAAAGAGCAAGGGGUAAGGACAGACCUAUUUUCUUUGUGAUACCAUAAAAAGUAUACUGUUAGCCAAGACCCACCAACUCUCAAAGGGACAGUUGGCCCUUGUGACAGUACUUUCCCUAAUCAUUUGCUUAGUCAUUGGGCUUUUUCCUCUUCCUCCCCUGAAGUCACUGAUUGUAAUUUUGUCAUUGUUGUAAUUUUCCCCAUAGCCUGCUUUACAUUCUGAAAAGUUCAGAUGAGCCAUGUGGGAGUUUUUGGAGUAUUUUGCCUUUAGUUUCAUUUCCUUGAACAUGUAGGUUUUCUUUAGUGUCUCUUGGUUUUUUGAUCAGUUUUGGAUUUUGGCUUUGUCUGCUGAGGAUCUUUACCUCUCUGACUACAGAACUCUUCCACUGGAAAGAACUCUGAAAGAAAUGAAGAAAGCUCUCAGACAUGAAGUUGACUCUUGGAGACUCAUGGCUCUAUUUUGAGUGGACUGGAACUUUGUUGAUACAGUUCCUUACCAUGGCACUGUGCCAGGUGUCUGCCGCUGUCAUCCAUCAGGUGGAAGAGGCACUGGACGAAGAUGAGAGGGAGAGAUUGCUGUUUUUGUGCCGGGAUGUUUUUACAGAUGGCUUUCUACCUACUGUCAGAGACCUCUUGGACACUUUAAGUGAAAGAGGGAAACUGUCUAUCCUGGGCUUGGCUGAGCUGCUCUACAGAAUGGGGCGGUUUGACCUACUUAAGCGGAUCUUGAAGAUGGACAGAAGAACAGUGGAGGCUUACCUGCAUGGGAACCCCCAUCACCUUAUUUCAGAUUACAGGGUGCUCAUAACGGAGAUCGAUGAGAAUCUGGAUAAAUCUGAUGUGUCCUCAUUAAUUUUCCUCAUGAGGGAUUACACAGGCCGAGCCAAGACAGCAAAGAAUAAGAGUUUUUUGGAUCUGGUUAAUGAAUUGGAGAAGCUGGAUUUAAUUGCUCCAGAUCAGCUGAAUUUAUUAGAAAAAUGCCUGAAGAACAUCCACAGAGUAGACCUGAAGAUAAAAAUCCAGAAGUAUAAGCAGUCUGUUCAAGAAGCAGGAACAAACUCUCUGAGUCCUUCUCCAGUCCCUAUCUCCAGCUGGAGUCUCAAGGAACCUUUAAGGAAUGGGAGAAAUAAAGAACAAAGACUUGCAGAAUACCCUGUCAUCCAAAAAAAACCUGUGAAGAUGCCCAUUCAAGAAUCAGGAGCUUUUUUGCUUCAGCCCAAGACUCAAAGAUACAGAAUGCAGAGCAAGCCCCUGGGAAUUUGCUUGAUAAUCGAUUGCACUGGCAAUGACACAGAUGAUCUUCAAGGUACCUUCACAUCCUUGGGCUAUAAAACUGAAUGUUUAUCCUAUCUUCAAGCAGAAGAUAUAUCCCAGGCACUUCAAAGAGUUGCCUGUAUGCCCCAACACCAGGACUAUGACAGCUUUGUCUGUAUUGUGGUGAGUCGAGGAAGCUUCGAGAGUGUGUUUGGUGUGGACCAGACUCAUUCAGGGCUUUCCUUGGAUCAGAUCAGGAGUACAUUCACAGGAGACACAUGCCCUUACCUCAUAGGGAAACCGAAGCUCUUCUUUAUUCAGAACUAUGUGGUGUUGGAGGGCCAGCCAGAAGACAGCAGCCUCCUGGAGGUAGAUGGCCCAGCAGUGAACGUGGAAUCCAAGGUCCUGAAUCCUGAGCCCUACGUGGUUCACCAAGAAGCUGACAUCUUCUGGAGUCUGUGCAGGGCAGAUGUGUCUCAUCUGGAACAGACCUCUAACUCACACUCCAUAUACCUGCAGAAUCUCUCCCGGCAGCUAGAGCAAGGAAGAAAACGCCCACUUGUGGAUCUCCAUGUGGAACUCACCAAGAAAAUGUAUGAUUGGAAUAGCAGAGUUUCUGAUAAGGAGAAGUACUAUCUCAGUCUGCAGCACACUCUGAGAAAGGAACUCAUCCUGUCUUGCAUAUGAAAACCUAAAGCCAGACAGGUGCUGGUAGCUUAAAAUUGUAAUCCUAGUUAUUCAUGAGGCUGAAAACUAUCACUGUUUAAAGCCAUCCCAUGCAGAAAAACCAAGAGACCGUAAUUUCCAAUUAAUCAGCAAAAAGGUGGAAGUGGAAAUAUGGCUUAGGUGGUACAGCAAUCAGUCUUGAGCAGAAAGGAAAAACAAGUGAAAGCACCAGGCCCUGAGUUCAAGCAUGAGU